CAUAAACAUGGCAGAUCGCGCGGCCAAACGGAUGCGACGCAUAAGCACCGAAUAUGACGAAUCCGAGGGCGACGGAUGGGAUGCGAGAGGAAACAGCACCAGGUAUGUGGCUGACAAGGCGAGCGAAUGACUUGCACCCAUCGCCAAGGGCAGCGCGUCGAGUACAUCAUCCCCAAAGAGCAACUGCGACCCAAGAAGGCCCUCUCUGCACCACCACCUCUGUGCCACCCGCUUGCACAUCCCUGCGCGACGUCAGCGGUACGGAGAUACGAACGGGCUAUCUGACGCCGUCGCAAUCCUUCCUAUCUGCCUUCUCCCGCUUUUGCCGGUCCUGCUCUGUUCUCCCCAUACGCCGCUACAAUCAUGCCUCGCCUACGGUCGCGCGCACCUCCAGCUCCUCUAACACCCUCCAGUGCCACUCCUACCGCCUCCUCGACCCGUCCACGCCGCGGGACUGCGAACCAGUCGCCUGCUGCUGCCGUCAUACAGCGCUCCUCGCCCGAAGAGACGCGCCAGUCGAUACACCUCACCGUCAAGUCAUCCCCCAACAAGAUCAGACAGGCCACCGGCGGGGCUGUGCCAAAGGCAGGCGUCAGCAGGAAUAACAUAGUCGCGGGCAAACGCGCUUCACGGAGUAGUCGUGUAGUGCAGGAAAUCGACAGCGACGACUCGGACGAAGACGACGACGACGACGCCGAGGAGGUCGAUGCCAUGGAUGUGGACGACGACUCGGACGAGAACGAGGUAGACGCUGAAGGCGACGAGGAUGAGGACAUGGACGCCGAAGGGGACGAAGACGACGAUAUGGAGGACACACCAGCGCCCCGAAUCACCGUAAACGCGAACAGAGGAAUCCCCGUCCAACCAGCGCCAGCGAUAAAACUCACAAAAGCACAAGACAAAGUCGAGGCCAAGGAAAUGGCCAUGGACGACGACGAUGACGACGACCUCAGCGAUCCCGACUCCGACCUCGACGAGGAAGACGCAGAAGGCGAAGACGAGGAUGCCGAGGGCGAGGAAGACGACGACAUGGGCGUCACACCUACUGGGGAUAUGGACGAGGACAUGGACAGCGACGAAGAUGCCAGCCGCGACCAGACCCCUGAUGUCACCAAGAUGACGAAGCGACAACGCGCUCUCAUCAACGAAGAAGGCGAUGGCGCACUCCUGGCACUCUCCAACGAGGCACAGAAGAAGAAGCACCUCACAGCUGAAGAACACGCCAUGCGAAGGGCUGAGAUGGCAAGGCGAAGGAAGAAUCUCAGCGAGAAGAGGAAUGAAGAAGAAAAGCUCGACACUAUCAACCGUCUCCUCAAGAAACAGCCUCCAAAACGUGGCCGCAAAUCUAUGAUGAAUGUGGACGAAGACGGAGAAGAGAUAGAACACGAGCCUGAGCGCGCAAACCCGCUCUUCACACGCUACAUCCAGAAUGCCAAGGGAACUCAGCUCGCUGUUCCUGACGAGUGGCUUCAGGCUCCCGUUGGCAGUAUAUUCGCAGGGGACAUCCAGAAGGGGACUCAGAAGCCAUUCAGUGGAAGGAUGGUUGAGGAGGUAGCUUAAUGGCAGUCUGAGGACAACGUCGAUAAAGAGAAACAGAAGGUGUACAUUUAGCGGUGCAUAUUAUGGAGUUGUGUUAUUGCUGAGCUUCUAGAACACGUCAUAAUCAUGAUACAAUUAUUCCUGUC